ACCUCACCACCCACACACCAUUGCCUACCACCACCACCACCACCCGUGAGCAGUGACAGUUGUUUUCGUUUCUAGCAACAGCAAUGGAGUCCCCCGGCCGCUCCAGCAGGCCGAGGCCUCUCCUCGCCUCCCUCUGCCUCGUCGUCCUCCUCCUCCUGGCCGUCCUUCCCCUGCAGCCGGCGUCCGCCGUGCCCACGUCAAGGAGCAUGCGCCUGAGGAGCCAGCAGCGCCCGCCGUCUCUGAAGCUUUCCUCUCGGCAGGAGAUGACGACGGCGGCGGCCGGGAAGCCGCGGGGCCGGGCGGCGGCGAGGAUGGUCGUGGAGGUGAACGACUACCCCGGGUCCGGCGCCAACAACCGCCAUGACCCUCCCAAGGGCCCCGGAAGAGGGUGAACCGAGCUCACCGCCACCGGCACCAGCUGGUCAGGCCUGCUGCUGCUGGCGCCGCUCUGUCCGUAGCUACAGCCAUUACUACUGUUAUUACUGUGCUUCACACCAUGCAUGCAUAAACUAAGGAAAAAAGAUCAAGCGAUGUUUUGCUCGGCCGGGUCUCUCCUCUCCUCUCUUCCUAGUACUGUAUCUGUCAAUUGUCAUGUACUCCAUCGUGUUCCAGAUGCCACCACAGUUUCAGAUUACUUAA